AUGCGCAGUCUGAUUCGAACGGUGAGGAAAAUAUUCUACCUGGUUCUAGGCAUCAUUGGCUUUCCUGUCAAUUUAGUGAUUGUUGUGAUCCUGUUUCGAGGAAAAUGUGGACUCUCAGCCUGCAGUUCUCGCUACCUUCUGGCCAUGGCAGUGUUGGAUCUAUUGGUCGUUAUCAUUGAAAUCAUACUCAGCCGAAUCGAACAUGAUUUUUUCCCACUAUCAUUCUUGGACAUUACCCCUGUGUGUAGUGUUCACUAUGCCCUGCGCCGUCUAGCCAUAGACUGCUCUGUGUGGUUCACCGUCAUGUUCACCUUUGAUCGAUAUGUCACCAUUUGUUGUGAGAAACUGAAAGCCAAAUACUGCACUGAAAAAACUGCAACUGUGGUUCUUGCAACAACCAGCAGUCUGCUCUGUUUAAAAAACAUUCCCAUCUACUUUAGAUUUGAACCUGAUGUGAUCGUUGACAAUAUACCAUGGUACUGUUGUAAUUCAGAUGCAUAUUAUUAUGACCCUGUCUGGGAAGGGUUUAAAAACUUUGAAAAGAUUCUAACACCCAUAUUCCCAUUUGGUUUAAUUCUGUUCCUCAACGCCCUGACAGUCAGACAUAUUUUAGUGGCCAGUCGAGUCCGUAAAAGUUUGAAGGGUCAAAGUAAGGGAGAGAAUUCCAGUGACCCAGAGAUGGAGAGUAGAAGGCAGUGUGUGAUUUUACUCUUUGCCAUAUCUGGCUGUUUCGUUUUCCUGUGGCUAUGGUAUAUUUUGUAUUAUUUUGAUGUUGAUGAUCCUUUAGGCAGUAAUGGUGAAUAUAUAUUUAAACAAGUUGCAUAUAUGCUGCGGAAUUUGAAUUGCUGUACGAAUACCAUUGUCUAUGUGGCUUCCCUUUCCAAGUUCAGAGAGAAGCUCAGGAACCCACUGGAAGCUAUCUUUACAUAA